UAUAAAGUAGAAAUUUUACAAAAGGACACACUCUCAGCCAUACUACGAAAUAUUUAAAACUUCUAAAAUGCGCGAUUCAGAUGCAAUCUUGAUAGCAAUAGUAAUUGGAGUAAUAUAUUAUUUUUCCGUGUUGGAUCCGAAACCGUCAGAAAACCAAACAGAUAUAGUGGAAAAAUCAAAUGACAUAGGUGAAAAUCAAUUUCUUAUAGGACAGUUAGAUGUAAAUGGACAAUUGCAAGAUGGAGACAAAAUUAUUAUAAAUGGUUUCGCAACAUCUCCAACAGACACAUUUGAUAUUCGUUUAGAAAGUGAAAAUUGUAAUGAUGAGAAAAAUUGUCUGAUUUCCUAUAAUCUUGGAUAUUCGAAAAAUAAUCUUGCUAUAAACCAAUUUCAGCAAACCAAAUGGACGUCUAUUGAAAAUUUGAAAUUUACAAUAGAUUCAACUGAAUUAAUUACAGUAAAUAUUUUUCUCGCUAAAAAUAAAAUAAGUGCAGAUGUAAACGGAAACAUGGUAGGAAAAGCUGAAUUACCUUCAUCACUUAAUAAAAUUAAAUAUGUGAAUGUUUAUGGUAACAUAAUAAUAAGGGGUAUUUAUAUUGAAAAUGACGCUUUUAAACCACAAGCGAGGCUGACCAAAGUCUAAAAUAUUGAUACAAAAAAAAAUUUUUUAUGUUUUUUAUAUUCUAGUAUUUAUUUUUUGAACUUUUGGAAUUUCUUCAUUAAAAAGCUUGGAUUUUAAUAAAAUUUAAUACCGAAAACGCUAUUU